GCAGAGCAGCAGAAAUUCGAAGCGCAGCCAAAUAUACACACACGAAAUUAUUGUAACGGCAACAGAGCAGCAGCCACAAAGCCGCAAAACGAAUUUAUUAAAUGCACAUUUAUUUAUAAACUUGUUAGUGCCAAGAAACGUGUUAAUGCAACAGCAGAUAUAUAGCAGUGCAGUCGCGUCGUCCUCGUCCUCCACCUCUGCUGCCGUUGGCUCUGCUGCUGCGGUCACCGUUGCCGCUGUUUUUGUUGCCCUCCAUCUCCCCGCUCGACGGUGGUGCUAAUGUGUUAAUAUUCUUCUUGUUUUUUGUUGCGGAAAUUGUACUCGUGUGCUGUGCGUGUGAGUGUUUGCAUAUCUGUGUGAUAUGUGAAAGAAGAAAAGGUGAAACAAAAAGGCAAAGAGCAUUCGUAUGCAGGAAUUGUCGUCAUCGGUCGCCGUUACCAUCAGCCGUCAGUCGCUGUCGCUGCUGUCUGUGUUCUCUGUCUGCGUCUCUGUCUGUGGCCGCUGCGUCGUACUGCUGCGUCCGGUUUAGAUUCAAUCAAGCGUCAAGAAAUAAAGCACUCAAAACUCAAAAGCGCUGCCAACAUUCUACCAAUCCCGCAUUGUCCCCUCCCCGCCGUUCACUCGCCUACCAUUGUGUGCCGUUAUUCUGUGUCGGCCGUGCCGUGUAUGUGCGUGCGUGAGAGAGGGUCACACGGAGAGGCGACUACUGCAACGAUCGACGCGAAAGAAAGGGGGGACCCACACGCACGGUGCGCGGAAAGUGCAGGCAAAAAGGCCAUAAGAGCACGUGAGUGCGUGUGAGAGCAGGAUACGCAGAAAUCAGUGCUGCUGCAUGAGAGCGGGACACCCAGAGAGAGGCGGUGCAUCGCUUACGAUCGGCGGGAGCCAGAGAGAAACUGCAGGGCUUGCGUGCGUGAGGCAACGGGUGCAUUCAACUCCUCACGCACAUAUGCUGGCCCUAGCCAGACCCAGACAGCCGCCGCCGCCACCGCCACCGACAGCCAAUCCCAGUCCGCGUCCAGCGUCCGCGUCCGCGUCCACGGCUCUGACAACAGCUCGAAAUGCCUCUUCAGCUCCUCUGCUGAAUCCCCAACGGAAACCGAAUCUCGUUGAAGACGCCUCUGCACCAUCCGCAACCGCAAUGCUCGCCUCGACGUCAAACGGUGCCGCUGUCUCUGCCGGCGCCACCACCGCCGCCGCCAGCGCAAUGGAUGCCUGCGACGAGCGAACGCUGCUGCUGAGCGGGUCACCAAAGGAGGAUGUCGCUGCUCUUGCUCCUUCUCCGCCCACAACGCUGCCACUUGUCCAUACGACAACCACGACGUCGACACAUCCGUCCCAGCAGCGCCACCAGCAGCGGCAGAACAUUAACAACAACAAUACAAGAAACGAGGCCAGCGCGAGCAGCGGCAGCAGUUGCGGCGCUAGCGCCAACGCCAGCAGCAACAACAACAACGAGAACAGCACGAUAUCUGCGGACGGCGACGCUGACGGUGACGUCGAAGCCGGCGCUGGCGCUGGCGAUGAUCUGUCCAGCGAUCUCAGCGAUAGAUUUCCACGCCCACCCGCCACCGGCAACCCCAAGAAAGCCGGAAAACUGAGCAAGUUGGGAACCAAAAGCGUCGGCUUGAAACGCGUUUCCUUCGGCUCCUCCAAGGGAUCCAUGGUGGAGACAUUGGUCUUUGAGACGCCCACGCCGCUGUCGGAGCACGUGGAGGCGACCUUUGGCUUUGAGGCGGCGACCUCCGCGACAGAUGGCGUUGCUGUGGCCGCGGGUCAGCUGCAGCAGGCGUCGCAGUCGCACCUUCCGCUAGCCGGACACGGUGACUAUGCAAAACUAAAUAUGGACGACAGCGGCAUUGAGGUUCAAGAAGAAUCGGAGCGUUCAAUUGUGCGCGUUUCCAUAUACCAAAGCAGUCAGCCGCAGCAGAUCUGUCCACCGGCGGAGUAUAUCCUGGGGCCCUAUUCAGACGGCCUGGAUCUAACGAUCGGUAGCUAUACAAUCGACCCAACCACAAUGAGCACGACAGCGGCGACGAUGCAGCAGCACCAGCAGAUUGGCCUUGGGGCGGCCUAUGAUCGUCAGCAGAGCACUGAUUCUGGCUGGGACAAUCCCUUUCGUCCUGGCGGCGAUCUGUCCAGAGAGGCUGAUGAAAUUGUCAACAUGAUUCGCGGUGGCAAGCCCAUCACACCCACGGAGGAUCGUACAAUAGGGAAUGGCAGCGCACAGCAUGCCGAUGACAACUGUAAUGGCGGCACAGCAGUCGGAGAGAGCGUGACCAGAACCAAUCUCUCGCAGAAUCAAGCAACAGCACAAAAUGGUACAAAUUCCCACGCCAGCAAGUCGGCGGCAGUGGGCAAUGCAACUGCUGGCGGCGGCGGCGGACGUCCCGAGGGCCAGAGCAACAGCAGCACCAACGGCGUCACCGCCUUGGGCCAGGUGUCGAAGCAGGUGGUGCCGGGACCAACGUCGGCUAGUCAUGUCGUCAUCGAUGAGAAGAAGAACAAGAAGAAGGGCUGCUGUGUUGUCCAAUAAUCAUGGACAUCGCUGGCAUACGCCAUGGACCGAUGGGCCCGUGAGGUGGGGGAAUUCGUAGGGGGGGGAUAAAAGGGAUAGAUCGUGUUUUUUUGGAUGUUAAUGUUUUUUUCGAUUUGAGUCCGAACCCGAGCCCGGGAGCUGAUGUUGAUGUUGAUAUUUUUCAUGCCGCAUAAAUCGCUUUGCUUUGCUUUGCGAAUACCGAAACGAAACAAAAAUAAAAUCAAACAA